UACGACUACGUAACGCACGUCGGUAGACAAUAUGGCUGCGCCCAUGCGAUAACAUUGGCGAGUUUUGAGAGAGGUGUCUUUGACUUAUCAUUUGGCUUUUAUUAUCAUAUUGGUUAAAAAUAUGGCCUCAUCUUUAUUUCUUGGAAGACUUCAGCAACGUCACACUGUGUGCUUUCACAACAUAGUCAGCCAGUCUGUAAGAGUUUUAUAUCAAAGAAGACAUAUAUCUUCUCAAAGAUUGAUAAAUAAUCUAAUACGCCAUCCACCCUCCACACCUAAAUGUGCACUAGUCGCGUCAAAAGAUAUCUUACGGAAACUACCUAAAAUGGAUCUUUUGUGUGUCAGAACUUUGAUGUGUUCAAGGUCUGAUGUAUUUAGAAAGUGUCUGCAUGUGAAAGAUCAACCAUGUUUUGUCCGUCAAAUGAGCAACGGGAGAGAUCCCGAAGAACGACUCAACCUUCGAUCUACAUUGAUUUACAUUUGUGCUGUGGGUAUCUUCAUGCUGGGGAUGAGUUAUGCUGGAGUACCCCUUUACAGGAUGUUUUGUCAGGCAACAGGUCUUGGAGGUCAGGCAGUGCAAGGUCAUGACACAACCAAGGUUGAAUUCAUGAAGCCUGUUCAGGAGCGGGUUAUCAGAGUCCGUUUCAAUGCAGAUGUUGCAUCCAGCAUGAGAUGGAACUUCAAGCCCCAACAGACAGAUGUCAAGGUCGUUCCAGGUGAAACAGCUUUGGCCUUUUACACUGCUAAGAAUCCCACAGACAAGCCAAUCAUUGGGAUAUCAACCUACAAUGUGGUACCCUUUGAAGCUGGGCAAUACUUUAAUAAGAUUCAGUGUUUCUGCUUUGAAGAACAAAGACUUAACCCCCAUGAACAGGUGGAUAUGCCAGUGUUCUUCUACAUCGACCCUGAGUACGCAGAAGAUGCCAAACUGCAGACCAUAGACACCAUCACAUUAUCCUACACCUUCUUCGAGGCCAAGGAGGGGCUGCAGCUUCCUCUACCAGGAUAUGCUACAUCAUAGAUGAAGUUACACAUGACAUGAACCAUUGUGUCAUGGAUUCUCAAGCCAUUAAAUAAGUUUCCAGACUAUUUCCAGCCACCCACCAUUAACUUUGAUUUGUCAAAUGCACAUUCUUCCUUGAUAAAUCAGUAUAAUUAAUUAUAAAAUAAACAUAAACAUUCAUAUAUCAAUGUCAGACAAAGAAAUCUUAGAAAUAUGACACACAACACAGAUCCGGGAAGUAGAGAUGACCUGAGGAUAUGUUAGAUGAUACUAGUUGUUUGAAAAGUAUCUUUAUGUACAUAUUAAAUAUAUGACAAAUAGACUGUAUGUUUGUUGAUUGUGAUGUGAGAGUAAGAUCAAUAUUGGGAGAAAUAAAAGUACCUGUUUAGCUACA